AGACCUUACAUACUUCUUGCUCUUGAGCCAGCAUCUUCCUGAAAUAAUAUUUUUUUACACUGAAACUCCGAACAAAGACACGUAUCCUGCAGGGCACUGCCACAGUUCCAGAGAAGAGAUCCAGAGUCCACCCCGAAGGCCGAUUGCCGCGACCCGUCUGUGAGGAUGCUCCUCUGCAGGGUUUUCAGCAUGGUGGUGCUUCCCAUCAGCCUCGUCCUGCUAGUGACAGCGCUGGUCACCAAUCACUGGCUGGUGGCCUAUGGGAUUAAGUCUUCCAUGUACAGUGGGCUCUGGCAGGAAUGCAGGGACGGACAGUGCACUGCGCCAGCUACACCUUUCGAAUACAUCAUCGCCACGCGCGCGUUCCUGAUCUUGGCCUCUCUGCUGGCUUUGGGAUCAGCCCUCUUCCCCUUCUUCUCCUUCAUCCCUGCCCCUUGCGGCAACAGAAGAGCAGCCCUCUAUUCUGCCGUGGCUUCCCUCACAGCCGGGCUCUUCACGCUCAUUGCUGUAGCUGUGUACACCGCGGAAACCUGGAGCAAACCUACAGACCCUCAGGUCUACAUCAAGUAUGAGUGGUCCUUCUACCUCGGCUGGGCCGCUUUUCCCAUGCUCCUGCUGCCUGGCAUAUCCAGCCUCAUAACCUACUCGUACUCCUCAGAUUCUGCCUAUGAACAGCUUUGAUCAGAACCUGGAUCCAAAGGAACAACGGGGCCCUUCCAGUGGAGACACCAGCCCAAAAGGAAGCUUGCGCUCUGCCUCCCCUGUGCCUAUGGAAAUCCCCUCCACCGCAGUCCCGACUGCGUUCUCUUCCUUCCUUCCUUCACGCUGCUGCACACCAGAAAUGUUUGCCGAGUCCCCUCACAGGCAGCAGACAGCUUGCAGACCGUGGGGCACCGAGGCAUUUUUAACGGCAAUGUGACCCCUGACCCCUGGCAUAUUUAAUGCCCGUGCCAAGCUUCCCUCCUCCUGCUCUUUCUGCCAAGAUAGCCUGGAUUUCUUCAGACCUGUUGCAUUGCAACUUUGUUCUCUCUCGCAUUUUUCUGAAGGUAGAUAUAUCAGUGUGUGCUAAACUUGCGGUACUAGUCCGGGACUGGAAGGAACGGUUUCAGCAGGCUGUUGGGGAAGGAGAAAGACCCUUCAGGAAAACCCAGAUAUCCUUCAAUAGCUUCCCUGCCUCCCACCCACUACCAUGUCGUCUCUCUUUCUUUGAUUUGCAAAUAUCCCUCCCUUCAAAUAAAGUCUGAGGUUUCUUUACAAGCCUUAUCCAUUGUCUCCUUGUCUCCUUAUGCAAGAAAUCGUUGGAUCGCCAUGUUUUGUAUAUUGUCCUCUUUUCCUCUGCUGCUUGCUUGCUUGCUUGCUUGCUUGCUUGCUUGCUUGCUUGCUUGCUGGUGGUAGCUGGGGCCAAAGAAGAUCUGUAUUCCUGUUGUGUUUCGAUUUAUGCAGGUGCCUCAUACAGAUUUAAGCAAAGUGCUGUUGGGAAGGCAUGGAUAAGAGCUACUGUAUCUGUCAUUAAAGGUUUCCUGUU